AUGGGCGAGCAGAGCUACCAGGAAGUCCUUCGGGACUGGAGAGGCCGCAUGCUUCCCGAAUCCCACCCACUUACUGUCAUGGUAAAUCGCGUUCUCCAUCGACUGGUCCCAUUGGCGCCGAUUGAGGGCGCCGACUGGGAGGUCCAUGUUAUCCAGGACGACAACAUGGUGAACGCCUUUGUUCUUCCAGGUGGCAAAGUUUUUGUAUUCACCGGGAUUUUACCCAUUUGCAAGGAUGAGGACGGUCUAGCAGCUGUUCUAGGCCAUGAGAUUGCCCACGUUGUGGCUCAUCAUACCGGAGAAAGAAUGAGCAGUCACUUCGUGACCAUGGGCAUUGUCUUCCUCGCUGCCGUCCUAUUUGACGUCUCUGGGAAUAUCCCGUCUCUGUUGCUGAAGCUUAUGUACAGUUUGCCGAACUCUAGGACGCAAGAGGCGGAGGCGGAUAACAUCGGCCUGAUGAUGAUGUCGAAAGCUUGUUUCAACCCUGAAGCCGCUGUUGAUUUUUGGGCACGCAUGCAAAAGGCAGAACAGAUGGCACCUCCUCAGUUUAUGUCAACCCAUCCGUCUAAUGAUAACCGCAUGGAGGCUAUCCGCGGGUGGCUCGAUAAAGCUCAGAUGGAGUAUGAGAACAGCGGUUGCAUGGGCACCGGAACUUGGAUGCCCGGGUUCCGACAAGCAAGCAAUGAUUUUUGGUAA